CAGACAUCAUCAUGGCGGCUGCGGUAGUGAUCGGGUGCCGGGGGGUGUUGUACAGUGUGCGGGCUGUCCCGCUGCUCCCUGCUGGCUGUAUGGGGGAGAGGAAGCACGGGGCGAGGAGGAGAUCAAAGUUUACACUGUGGAAAAUCGACCUAUUCAGCUCUUCCUGAUGACUACAACUGUAAAGUGGAAUUGGCCAUGACUUCUGAUGGGAAAACAAUUGUCUGCUACCAUCCUUCGGUGGAUAUUCCAUAUGAACAUACUAGCCCUCUCCCUAGACGAGACCCAAUAGAGAACCAUGAGGACAAUCAUGAUCAGGUCUUAAAAGCCAGACUGAUUGAUACAAGUUCGAAACGGGAACCAACUAUAGAAGAGCUCAGUAAAAUGUUCUAUACCACCAAGCACCGAUGGUACCCUGUAGGACUAUACCAUAGAAGACGAAUGAUCAAAGAACAUCCAAGGGACCGAUAA